GAAACUUGGUAGAUAAUUGAAAUUGAAAUGGUUGAGUUGAGUUAGUUUGUCUUUAGUUGAUUUGUACAAUCUUCCUUCAAUUCAUACAAUCAACACAGAACCAAAACCAAAUGGGUAUGGCGUCCAUGGCCAACACUUUCACUCUUCCUCGCUUCAACUUCAACCCUUCUCACACCCUUUCUUCAUCUUCUUCAUCAUCCAUCCCCAAAAUCUUUACUCUCUCCACCCCCAUUUCCACCCCUUCACCCAUCACCAAUGCAUCAUCCUCAACCACAAGACGCGCACCCACUCUCAUUCGCGCCACCUCUUCUUCUCCUUCUUCAUCCUCUUCCUCCUUCGGCUCUCGCCUCGAAGAAACCAUCAAAACCACUCUUUCACAAAACCCCGUUGUCGUUUACUCCAAAUCCUGGUGCUCCUAUUGCUCUGAGGUGAAAUCGCUGUUCAAGAAGCUCGGUGUUCAGCCGCUGGUCCUCGAAUUGGAUGAAAUGGGUCCACAAGGUCCACAAUUGCAGAAGUUGCUGGAAAGACUCACUGGCCAAUACACUGUCCCAAAUGUAUUUAUUGGUGGCCAACACAUUGGUGGAUGUACAGAUACACUUAAGCUGUAUAGGAAAGGAGAUCUUGAAACUCUGGUAUCUGAAGCUAUUGCUAAAAAUAAGGGGAGCUAAGACCUUGACAAUAUUGCUCUCAUCCUAAAGGGAAUCUGAUCCAGUUAUCGAUUUGGCGGAACACAUGUUGGUUGAAAACUAAAGCAGUAUAGAUUGAUGUUCAGUGAGACUUUAAUAAAUCUCUAGUUGGAGGAUUUGUAUAAACUAAAAUGAGCAACUUUUAUACCUGAAAAACUAUCUAUGUUUAUAUUUCUCUUGUUCAUUA